AAUGAGCCCUCUUUCCUCCUAUCAACCGGGAGGAAGCUAAGAUGGCGGCCUUGGCGACCGGCGGGGCGACGCCGAGUGACGGGGCUACUAGCUUCCAGCGGAAAGUUCCUGCCAGCAGCCGCCUGGCCGCUAUCGCGGGGACCCGGCCCUCGGUGCGCCACGGGCAGCUGCUGCUCUCCAGCGGGCUCCCCUCCCUGGAUUGUGUGCUAGGUGGAGGUUUAGCUGUUGGAACCCUUCUUCUUAUUGAGGAAGAUAAAUACGGUAUUUACUCCAACUUGUUGCUCAAGUAUUUCCUCGCAGAGGGAAUAGUCUGUGGACAUAAUUUGUUUGUUGCUUCUGCUAAAGAGGAUCCUGCUGACAUUUUAAAGGAACUUCCAGCACCUUUGUUUGAUGAUGUCCACAAAAACCAAGUGGAAUGGAAAGAAACAGCUAUUAAAUCUAAACCAGAAUCUCAGGAAUCCAUGAAAAUAGCCUGGCGUUACCAGAAUUUACCAAAAAUUGAGGUCAGUCCAGCAGCUUCUGUACGAUUCGGUCACUAUUAUGAUGUAUCUAAAACAGUGUCUCCAGAGCUACUUCAAUCCAUAAAGUGGCACCGUUUUUUCCUUCCUGAAGAAAUGUCUUUGCACCCUGAAAUAAAAACUUGUAAUAUGACCUGUGGUUACACCAAGCUGCUUCAAUCUAUCCAGAGGAUCAUAUACCAAGAAGGAUUUGAUGGAUCCUAUCCCCAGAAAAAACAAAAAAAUAUUCUGCGGAUAGGAAUUCAGAGCCUUGGUUCAGUGUUGUGGGGAGAUGACGUUUGUUGCGCUGAUAAUCCGGAAGAUAUUCAUAGCCUCACAAAGUUUCUGUAUGUUCUCCGUGGUCUCCUCAGAAUGUCUUUGUCAGCCUGCAUAAUCACAGUGCCAGCCCAUCUUAUCCAGAAUAAAGCAAUUAUGGAACGUGUAACAAACUUGUCAGAUACGGUAGUUGGUCUUGAAUCAUUUAUCGGCUCUGAGAGAGAAACCAAUCCAUUAUACAAGGAUUACCAGGGUUUGAUUCAUGUGCACCAGAUUCCUCGGCUUAAUAGCUUGAUCUGUGAUGUGUCAGGCACGAAGGACCUUGCUUUUAGAUUAAAAAGGAAGCUGUUCACCAUUGAGUUUGCACAUUCUUCAACACCUGUUAGGCCAUAUGUUCAGCGACUGCAUUUGCCUCCAGACUUGUCAGACACAGUGAGCCGCUCAAGCAAACAGGAUCUGGCAGAAUCCACCAAACUGCUGAGCUCAGGAUGUGGUGCUAUGGCCAUAGGCAAGAAGCACCUGGACUUCUAGUGAUUUCUACUUAGCAGUUUCACUCAGAUUUAUAUGACACUCUAAUUAUGACUGUUAAUGACUUAUGAAAAUAUUUUUCUUAAUGAUUUGACCCAGCAGUCCUUAAAAAUACACACUGUAAGAUGGUGCCUUGUUUUCUCAUCCUGAUUUCUUGGAAGACAUUUGUGGUUUGUUUGCUUUUUUACAGAACAUGUUACCUUAAAAAAAAUGCUGCAUUGCACUGUUAUUCUGGAAAUGUACAAAAUGUUCUUCUCAUAAAAAAUCAAAAUUAUUUUUAUUUUUAAAGUUCAAGAUGCUUUGCAAAACAAUACCAACUGUGUUGUUUUUCACAAGCUAAAUGUGUCUGUUUAUCACGAUUGUAUUAAACACUGAUUAUAAUGUAAAAUAUAAAUUAGAGAGUCUUGUGAACAUUAGUAAAUGAAAUUAAGGAAUUCAUAAUCAUAUCUUAUUUUAAAGCCAAAUUUAGCAAUUAUUAUUAUUUGAAAAAAUAAUUGUGUACAUCUGAAAAUAUCAUUAUUGUCAAAAUCAAAAGUAGAUAUGACAUUAUUUUACAGAGUACCUAAACAAUGCAUUUAAAAAUGCAUUGCACUAUUUCAUAUGUGUUCUACUGUGUCAAGAAUUAAAUUGAUAAAGAAAGAAUUUUUCCAUAGUAAGAAUAUAUUAUAGAUAAUUAGUUUGCCUUAUGGGUUAAUAAAUGUAUUAAAAUGCACUUGAGUGGAAUUUACUAAACAUUGAAAAAAGAAUUGAUUUCCUUGUGUAGUUCAAAACAGUAAUCCUAAACAAUUGAAGUCAGCACUAUGAAAUUAUGUCAACAGACAUAAUUCAAGAUUGAAAUUCAAACUGACAGCUACAUUAAUGCUAGAAAACCAGAAGAGUGCAUUGGAGCUUGGGGAAGAGUAUCACAGAAUGUUGGUCUAAAACAGAACAGAAAAUAAAACUAAUUCAUGUUACCAUACCAUCAUGUAUACUCUUUGUGAACUUAUGAAUAUUGUGUGUGCAUGUGUGUAUAUAUACCCAAAUGGAAAACUAUUAAAUAUAUUUUUAAACGUCUCCUAUAUAUUACUUUGUAUUUGGCAUACUAGGCAGUGCUGAUCUGUAAAUUAAAUUGUUUUGUAUUAUUUCUUAUGAAGCAGACUUCCAUUUUGAAAGGGGGUAUAUUGUCCUCCAUGGAACUUCCAGACCAGAUUUUAGAUUAUUUUAUGGUUUCAAAAUUAAAUCUUUAUAAUGGGAUAUAAUAUGGCUAGAGUGAAAUUGAUUUUCCAAAUAACAUUUUAAUACAAUAUAGUAAUGUUAAUGUCUUUUGAUGAGGUUCCAACUGAAAAGUUGAUUAAACGGUUUGCUUUUUCUUAUGCAAUCCAGGUUUUACUUUAUUUGUUCUUGACAACACUGUGUGUAAAACAAAGACAUAGCUUUUAAAACUGUCUAACUAAUAUGAUGAAUGUCAAUCACUUAAAAAACUCCACUGUAGCAUAAACACAUACUGUAUACAGCUUUUAUUCUGAAUUAGAAUAAUUGAAUCAAUGACAGUGAUUUGCCAGGAUGUCAAAUCUAUCCAUCAUAUCCUGUCACUACCAGUUUAUUUUUUGUGAUCAAAAUCAAAAAGACUACUAUUUUGUCAUCAGCUAUUUCAUUUGUGGUAACAAUCAGGAUUUCUUUUCUCUUGCUUUUUUUUUUUAAGAUAGGCCAAUUUUAUUUUUUUAUUUCUAAAAACGCAAAUCCUUUUUUAAUCAAAGUUUCAGAAUGGAUCUGUCAGUUUCAUAAAGCUAAAAGACACCUACAUUUUUAUACCAAUAUACUUAAAUCACCAUUGAUUUCAAAAACAUCAUUUGUCCUUUUGCAUUAUAUGUAACAGUGAGCAGAAAUUCUCAUCAAAAGCUUAAUUGUACCUUUAGAAAGUAUUAAGUAGUUUAAAUAUUUGAAUUCAAAUAAUUUAAACAAAAUUAACACUUUACAUAAAUAAGUAACAGGAAACAUAUGGUAUAGCCAUCUGAAAUGUGAAGUCCUCAGGUAUAUAAAUGGCUUGUGAAUAUACUUAAUAGGUCAUUGACUUAACACACAGGCAGAAAAUGUCACUAAAAUUCACAGCCAAUUUCUAGUUAACAUAUGACUUAAAAAUAGAUGGUAAAUACUGUAUGUAUAUAUAUAUAUAUAUUUAUUACAUCAAUUUCAAGUGCUAAAAUAGAUUAGCACAGAAACUAAAAAAGUAUUUGGAAUAAUAAAAGUAAAAGGGAAAUUCACCUGCAAAUCUAGAUUUAAAUGGUUUUUCUUUUGUUUGUUUUUCUGAUUCACUGAACAUGCUGUGUGAAAUAAGUUUUACAGUAUACAUAUGUAAAGUGUUCACCUAAGGCAAAAACAUGUAGCAAAAUUUCUCCUCUCUUUUCUUCCAAAAUAUUGUAUUGGUUACAACAAUAUAUGGCAGUGACUUGGCUUGCCCAGUAAAACAGAUGAGUAAAAUAAUGUUACUAUUUGACAGUGUGUAUGAUAUACCAUUCCACUGGAUCCACAAAUAGACUUCUUAUCUCUCAUUUUUGGUUUGCAGUAUUGGAUAAAAAUAUUUAGCCAUAACAUUAAACUCUCCAUACCCAC